UCCCUUUAUAGUUGGUGGUGUGAAGUGGAGAAUACGGAAUAAAAAGGUUGAGCGUAUUUUCAAUAAUGGAUAUGGCAUUGCGAAAUGCUAUUCAAUUACAUAUCGCUGAUCAGCUAGAAAAUGUGGUUGACUUUAAUGAAAGGCAAUUUCACGAGAGACAAGAUGCUUUUGAAUUAACAGAUCGAAAGUUUAUAAAACAGUUUAGAUUAAAAAAAGAAUUAGUAGAUACAGUCAUAGACACUGUGGAAACAAAUUCAAGAGGAGGCUUAAGGGCAUCUGCAUUAGAUCCUUGUACACAAGUUUUAACAGCAUUGCGUUUUUAUGGAGCUGGGAGCUAUCAGAAUUGUAUAGCCAAUAAUGUCAAUAUGGCUAUAAGUCAAUCAUCCGUCAGCAGAUGUAUUACUAAUGUUAGUAAUAUUUUAAAUCUACCCGAAGUUUUUAACAAUUGGGUACAUUUUCCAAGUACUUUAAACGAAUUGCAAGAAAUUCGUAAUAAAUUCUGGGAAACGCAUCGUUUUCCUGGGGCAAUUGGAUGCAUAGAUUGUACGCAUGUAGCCAUUUAUCCGCCAUUGAUUCAAGAUAAUGUUUAUCCUGAGCACAUAUACGUCAACAGGAAACAAUAUCAUUCCAUUAAUGUACAAUUGAUAUGUGAUCCAGAUUUAAGAAUUAUGAAUGUAAACGCAAGAUAUCCUGGAAGUACUGAUGAUUCUUAUAUUUGGAAUAAUAGUAACAUCUUGCCUAUUAUGCAAGAAAUUCACAACCGAGGACAUUCAUAUUUUUUGUUAGGUGACUCUGGUUAUGCGCAAAGACCUUGGAUGAUGACUCCUGUACUUGGAAUGCAACAAAACCUACCUAUGAUAAAUUAUAAUGACCGACAAAAGAGUACUAGAGUACUUAUGGAGCGAUGCAAUGGUGUUUUAAAAAUGAGAUUUCGAUGCCUGAUGAAGCAUAGAGUUUUGCAUUAUAAGCCUGAAAAAUGUUCAAAAAUCAUCAAUGCGUGUACAGUAUUACACAAUAUGUAUUGAUAAUAAUGUACCCCUGCCUGUAAAUAAUAAUGAUCCAAUUGAUAUAGACUUUGGCAUGUAUGAUGAAAAUGAAAGGAAUGGUGAAAGAGACGCAAUUGAUGUUGCAAACAGAAACGUGGAUUUAACGGCUGGACGAAGAGCGCGAAACAUUUUAAU